AACAACUACAGCAACAGCAAGAAUUGAAGCAUAAAAAAUUGCACUCUUCAACCACCAUCAACGCAAAUAUUCGUACGAAUAUGAAAUUGGAAAAACACAAAGUUUCGCGGCUACGUCAGCUGGCCACCUUUUCACCCCUUCGUCAUUGGUUUAUGGAGAAUUUACGCAAUUAUUGCAAUAGCACAUCCCUGCAUGGCUUCAACUAUAUAACACUGAAGACCGCCACUGCGAAUGAGCGACAUUUUUGGAUUGCCAUUGUUAUUGUAUCGAUUAUAACCUCCAUUGUUUUGGUCUUAGUUUCGUGGUUUUGGAAUCGUGAAACUCCAACAGUGACAGUGAUCGAGAGUGCACAUUUUGCCACGUGGGCUAUACCAUUUCCGGCGGUGACUAUUUGCAAUUUCAAUAAAAUAUCCAAAAUGAAGGCUUUCAAAUUGGCGAGAACGCUCAAACGCCCAGCUAGUGUUUCCGAAGAGAAACUUCUGAGCCUCUUUCGCAUAACAAUGUUCUUCAACUUCGCCUUAAAUCACACGCAAGAAGAUUUUAACAUUUUCGAAACCAUACUGGAAAGUAACAAUCUCACAUUGGCAAAAUUAACAGAACAGCUGUCACCCGAUUGCAUGGACAUGAUAUCGAAAUGCGUUUGGAAAGGCACAGCAUCGCGUUGUGACAGUCUAUUCCAGCCAGUGCAGGCAACGGAGGAAGUCUGCUGUUCGUUUAACUAUUAUGGACGAACAACUAAUAAUUUUCCGAAAAAAAUUGCAUAUCAAGUUCCAAAGCUGCCGUAUCGGGUUACCGGCUGCGGACAUUCUACUGGCAUUUCUGUUGUACUCAAUCCCCUUAACGAAGACUAUUUCAGCACAUACCUUAGCAGUUAUGGCUUUCGUUUGUUCAUUCAUAGCGCAUACGAUUUCCCCGAUGAAAAUGCCGAAACGAAAGUAGUCACGUCGGGCCGUGAAAGUUUUGUGCGUAUAAAUCCCGAAUCAACAUAUGCCACAAAUGCUGUUCGUAACAUGGAUCCACAGAUACGUAACUGUUUAUUUUCCGAUGAACGCACGUUGCCAGCUAUGCAACGCUACACAUUCGGCAAUUGUAUGGCGGAAUGUCGUACAAAGAUUAUUUAUGAGUUUUGCGGUUGUAUUCCAAUGAGCCUGCCGAAUAAUGGCAGUUUUAAGGUGUGCGAUUUGCGAGAAAUAUAUUGCGUAAUGAAUAUACGAGAUAUUUUCUCAUUGUCUUUACCCACAAGAAAUGUGACCCAAUCGAUUGUGCAGGUGACUGAUAAAUUUCCAUGUGACUGCCUUCCAGGCUGCGAGUUUAACAGUUAUGCAUCGGAGAUUACAAUGGGAUUAUUGGAUUUGAAUUUGGUUGCCUCGAGCAACAGUUUAAACAAAACCGUUAAUACUGAAGAACAAAUACUUUUGCACGUUUUCUUCAGCGAUUUAAUGGCUAAGCGUUAUCGAAAAGAUGUAUUUCAAGAUUGGCUCUCAUCGUUAGCAUCUUUUGGUGGCUUGCUGGGUUUGAUAAUGGGAUUUAGCAUAGUGACCGCUUUCGAAUUUAUAUACUUUUUCACAUUCAGACCUAUCUUUAAUUAUUUUAAUGAUAAUUUCAAUUUGACAUAA